AUGAAACCGAACUGGGAGCUCAAUAACUGCUGCAACCACGAACAGGUGGUGUUUUUGGUCACUGUUGGUGUCUGCACUGUCGUUAUACUCGCACUAUGGAGAACAGUGUUACUCAGACCCUUUAAGCUUGUUACCGUAUUUCUUCAUGAGGCAAGUCAUGCAAUUGCUUGUAAACUCACUUGCGGUCAUGUAGAAGGGAUACAGGUUCAUGCAGAUGAAGGUGGAACGACCCAAACACGUGGAGGCGUAUACUGGUUAAUCUUGCCAGCUGGAUAUCUUGGUUCAUCUUUCUGGGGCAUGGUAUUGAUACUUGCAUCAACAAAACUUCGUACUGCCAGAAUAGCUGCUGGUUGCUUUAUUGCUGCUCUUCUUAUUGUCCUCCUCGUUGCCAAAAAUUGGACUCUUCGAGGACUUUGUAUCGGAUUUAUCAUUUUCCUUGGGGUAAUAUGGAUUCUGCAAGAGACAACCAAAGUUCGAAUUCUGCGGUACAUUAUUCUGUUCAUAGGUGUAAUGAAUAGCGUGUUUUCAGUGUAUGAUAUCUACGAUGAUUUGAUCUCCCGAAGAGUAAGUUCCAGUGAUGCAGAAAAAUUUGCAGAAGUGUGCCCUUGUCCUUGUACUGGUUAUGGAUGGGGUGUUAUUUGGGGUUUAAUAUCUUUUGUCUUUCUUUGCGGAGCUGUGUAUCUGGGUGCUGUAAUCUUGUCUUAA